AUGAAAAAACUUAAAAGGCUUCGCGCUGAUCUUCGGGUCUGGAAUAAGGAUGUUUUUGGUCAUGUUGAUCGAGCUUUGGCGGAUUGGCAACAUCAUCUGUUAGACGUGCAAACUAGAAUCUCGGAGUUGGGUUACAAUGACGAGUUAUUUGAGGAAGAAGUUCAGAUUCAAGCGGAAAUCAACGUUGCUCUUUCCAGGAAAAGUAAACUCCUUCAGCAGAAAAGUAGAGCUUCUUGGCUCGUGGAUGGAGACAGAAAUACGACGUUUUUUCAUAGACUUGCUAAGUUUAGAAAACGGAAUGCCUCGAUCUCUAGACUGAAUAUUAACGGAGACGAUGAGUACAGCCAGAAUAUUAUUGAGCAGCAUAUCGUUAAUCAUUUUUCGACCCUUUUCUCUGAUAAUGGCAGCCCGGCAGCAGAUCAGAUUGAGAUUGACGCCUUGAUUCAACCGAGAGUCUCUGAGGCUCAAAAUAGGCUUCUUACUACGAUUUCGGAUGAGGGGGAAGUUGUUGCGGCGGUCUUUGACAUGGAUGCCAAUAGCGCCCCGGGGCCUGAUGGGUUUUCUGGCAUUCAUUCUUAUCUGCCUAGUGGCUGCAAUGCAAGCACUAUGAUUCUUAUCCCGAAAAAGGAGACUGUUUCUGUGGUGGGGGAUCUUCGGCCAAUUGUUCUUUCAAAUUUUUUCUUCAAAAUCAUCUCAAAGAUUUUGGCUUCCCGUCUUAGCUCUGUUGCUGCUUCGCAUGUCUCGCCUAAUCAAUUUGGCUUCAUAAAAGGCAGAAAUAUCCAUGAUUGUAUUAUGCUCAGUUCGGAGGGAUUUAACUGUAUGGAGCGUACGAACAAUGGCAUCAACAUGGCUUGUAAAGUUGACAUUACGAAAGCCUUUGAUACUAUUCGCUGGGAGUUCAUUUUUCAACUGCAAUAUCAGUCGAUGGAGACUGCAGCUGUAAUUAUGAGGAACCUCGAGAAGCUUUUUGGGAAUCGGACCGAUCAGUCCGUUUUGAACUCAUGA